CCCGCCUAUUCUUAAAAUUGGAUUCCUAAACCCUAAAUUGAGCCACACUGCUAGCCGUAUGCCUAAUAUUAACAUUUAAAUUAAGACAAAAAAACCAUGUGAUAUAACCCAUUUUUACUUUGUGUUUGUGAUAACUAGUGACAACCAGUCCUCAGCGAGAACCUGGAGCAUCUCAAGAUGGCGGCCGAACGGAGGAUGAUAUCAGGUCGGGGUUGUGUGUCUGUGUUUCUGGCCGUGUUGUGCACCUUCUCCGUCGGGACCUGCGACGAACAGGUGCCGCUGAUGCUAUGGACGAGUGAAGGGUCUGGUCUGCCGUCCCAGGCUGUUCCUGCUGCUGGUCACAUAGUGGGUGUCACUCAGCUGAGCUCAUACCUGGAGACCGCCCUGGGGUCCGCCCCGCGCAACGUACUGCUCUUCCUGCAGGACAAGAUGAGUAUUGAGGACUUCACCAUGUACGGAGGGGCGUUUGGCAACAAGCAGGACAGUGCCUUCCCUAACCUCGAGGGGGCGCUCCUCUCCAGCCCUUCCCCAUUGGUCCUGCCUGCCGUGGCCUGGCCAGCAUCCAGUGCUGUGAUAGGUCAACUCCAGGACCAAUUAGACACCUCUCCUCUCUACAUGGAACCAGAGACACUCAGCCAGCUACGACUCAACACGUCUACCCCUGCCCUGCUGGUCUUCAGACUACCCUACAGCACCGGAUCUGAUCUGAUGUCUGCUAAGGAGGUUCUCAAUGGGAAUGAUGAGGUGAUUGGACAGGUGAUGAGCAUUAUGAAGAGCCAGUCUGUCCCCUACACUGCCGUCUACACAGCAGUGAGACCCUCACGGGAGGUGUCAUCUCUGUCUAUGGAUAUGGAGGCUAGUGUGGGAGGAGGGCGCUCCCUAUUGCAGUACGGAGACAGAAAGAGGGAGAGAGACAGACAGCGGGAGAGAGAAAGAGGAGAGAAACUAGUCAAGGUGAAGACAGUGGUCUUCCCUCCAGUUGAGUUUAAGGAGGGCGGAGCCGGCUGUAUCAUGCUGUGGGCGGAGAACCUGACCGUGAGCGUGCUCCGUGGUGGUCGUUGGGAACGACACGACCUCACCUCUCUGACCUUUGGCGAGGGCGUGACCCCUAGGCUCCAGGGCUCCCUCUGUAACCAAUCACACUCCAGUCUGGUUCUAAACUAUGAGAAUAUCCUGGGACACCGUUCCUUCAAACUAGUGUUUGCCAUGUCCCAGCGCCACUUCAAGGUGUCAGCUCGCCGCUGGUUCACGCUCGACGCCGUGGAGAUAGAAUACGACGGUCAGAAAGCAACGUUUAACGGGAGCCGUAACGUGUACGCGCCGGCUGAGUACUCCUACCGCUGUCAGUCAGUCACUAACUUCAGAUACCCCCUCCUGGUUCCGCGCGAUACCCCCUCCAAAGACCCUGCUAACCAGUGGAGGGUCUCCUUCACGGACUUCCAGAUCCAGGGUUUCAACUUGGCAGGGGGAGAGUUCUCCUAUGCCAGUGACUGUGCAGGGUUCUUCAGUCCUGGUAUCUGGAUGGGACUGCUCACCAGUCUACUGAUGCUCAUGGUCCUGACCUACGGCCUCCAUAUGAUCAUGCAGCUACACACCAUGGACCGUUUUGAUGACCCCAAGGGACCUGCUAUCUCCGUACCACAGACUGACUAACACACAUACCACAAGCAAAUAAUGCCCCAAACACACACACACCUUACACACACACACACACACACACACAUAGACGGACAGACGGACGGACGUGGUCACAGAGGGAUGAAUAUUUAUGGUAGAGAAGGGGGGAGUCUGUUAAGGAGGGGAAUAAGGGAUGAAUAUUUAUGGUAGAGAAGGGAGGAGUCUUACUGAGGGGAAGGAGGGGAAUAAGGGAUGAAUAUUUAUGGUAGAGAAGGGAGGAGUCUGUUAAGGAGGGGAAUAAGGGAUGAAUAUUUAUGGUAGAGAAGGGAGGAGUCUGUUAAGGAGGGGAAUAAGGGAUGAAUAUUUAUGGUAGAGAAGGGGGGAGUCUAUUUCUGAGGGGAAGGAGGGGAAUAAGGGAUGAAUAUUUAUGGUAGAGAAGGGAGGAGUCUGUUAAGGAGGGGAAUAAGGGAUGAAUAUUUAUGGUAGAGAAGGGAGGAGUCUGUUAAGGAGGGGAAUAAGGGAUGAAUAUUUAUGGUAGAGAAGGGGGGAGUCUGUUACUGAGGGGUGUCAGUCUAUCCAUCAUUCCUGUCUUUGUCAUUUUGGUGUGAAGGCUGAUAUUACAUGCUGCUGUUCUUUAGCGAAUACAACCCAUGUUGUAAACACUGACCAAUGGAUUUAACCAGUGACUUGAAUAAGGGAUCAUAGCUUUCACCUGGAUUCACCUGAUCAGUCUCUGUCAUGGAAAAGAGCAGGUGUUGUUAAUGUUUUGUACGCUCAGUAUAUAUGUAUUGUGUUUGACCUUGUGAUUGUAUCUUGAUCGUAGCCUAGGUUAGCAGCGUGUAGGGUAACUAGGGCCACGUCUGAAAUGGCACCCUAUUCUGUAAAGUGCCCUACUUUUGACCAGGGCCAAUAGGGGAAGUGCACUAUCUAAGGAAUAGGGUGCCGUCAGAGACGUGACCCAGGUUUCACUAAAGGUUUUAAUGUGUGCAGUAUGACAGGGAGUUACUCCAGGCUCCAACAGGGGAUUAAAGGGUUACUAUGAGAGGAGGUUGAGGCACGGAGACGAACCGGACGGGGGUCAGAGGUUAGAGUUAGAUGACCUACCUUGUGUUUACUUUUUUCAAGUUCUGUGGUUUUAUAUGAGUUGUUGUUAGAGGAAGGCUUGUCUGGUCUUCCUGGACAGAGUCAUGAUAUCGUUCAAAUAUGGUUUAUAUAUUCUAAUAUUAGUAGUGUCUCUCGUCCUGUGUGACUGUCAUGGUGCUGCUGUGAUUAAUCCCAAUAAAGCCUUGAAUGAACAACGUCAA